GCCCGCCCGGGAGUGAACCGAGUCCCGCGAAGUGGCUGCGCAAGAAGCGAACUCUUACCGGGACGGAGGGACUGAACGUGGCCAGAACGCCUUGGGAGGACUCAAGCCAUCGGCGGCCAGGACCGGGCUGAGGCGUGUGCUGCCAGCUUGGGGGACAGCGGGCCCCACGGAAAAGUGGGAACAGAAGCUUGGAGGUGAGCGUUGGGAGGCCCACUCGCGGCUUUUACACAGGCUCGAGUCUCCAUUUCUUCUGGAGCAGACCCGGGCAAGUGUCCGGUCAGCUUUAAGGACCAGCCGAGGCUACGGUCCCUUAAGACUGCCGGAGCCCUCAGCAGCUGUCCAGAGCUCCAGGACAGGCCGUGGUCAUGGUGAAUGAAGAUCCCAACCUGGAGGAGCGCGAUGGCAUCCCUGAGCCGGAGUCUGCGCUCCCGGCGGACCCCAGCAUCUCCGCCCACCCCAGCGUCUCGAUCCACCCCAGCGUCUCUGCGUACCCCAGCAGUUCGGCCCACCCCAGUACGUUGGCCCAACCCAGCGGCUUGGCCCAUCCCAGUAUACCCGGCACAGAGGACCUCAGUGUGAUCAAGGUGAGCAAGCGCCGCUGGGCAGUGGUCCUGGUGUUCAGCUGCUACUCCAUGUGCAACGCCUUCCAGUGGAUCCAGUAUGGCUCCAUCAAUAACAUCUUCAUGAACUUCUACGGGGUCAGUGCCUUUGCCAUCGACUGGCUGUCCAUGUGCUACAUGCUGACGUACAUUCCUCUCCUGCUGCCGGUGGCCUGGCUGCUGGAAAAAUUUGGCCUGCGCACCAUCGCCCUCACGGGCUCCGCUCUCAACUGCCUGGGGGCCUGGGUGAAGUUGGGCAGCCUAAAGCCACAUCUCUUCCCUGUCACCAUCCUGGGCCAGGUCAUCUGUUCUGUGGCCCAGGUCUUCAUCCUGGGCAUGCCGUCCCGCAUCGCUUCUGUCUGGUUCGGGGCCAAUGAGGUUUCAACGGCCUGUUCCAUAGCUGUCUUUGGCAAUCAGCUUGGAAUUGCGAUUGGCUUUUUGGUCCCUCCGGUUUUGGUACCCAAUAUCGAAGACCAGGACAAGCUUGCCUACCACAUCAGCAUCAUGUUCUACAUCAUAGGAGGUGUGGCCACUCUGCUUUUCAUCCUUGUUGCCAUCCUGUUCAAGGAGAAGCCUAAACACCCCCCUAGCAGGGCCCAGUCCCUGAGCUAUGCCUUGGCAUCCCCUGAUGCUUCGUACUUAAGUUCCAUCGUCCGGCUCUUCAAAAACCUCAACUUCGUGCUGCUUGUCAUCACCUACGGUCUGAAUACGGGUGCUUUUUAUGCCUUGUCCACUCUGCUGAAUCGUAUGGUGAUCUUGCACUACCCGGGGGAAGAAGUGAACGCUGGAAGAAUCGGCUUGACCAUUGUCAUUUCGGGAAUGCUUGGGGCUGUGAUCUCAGGCAUCUGGCUGGAUAGGUCCAAAGCCUACAAGGAGACAACCCUGGUGGUAUAUAUCAUGACUCUGGUGGGCAUGGUGGUAUAUACAUUGACCUUGAACUUGGGACACCUGUGGGUAGUGUUCAUCACAGCUGGUACAUUGGGCUUCUUUAUGACUGGCUACCUCCCGCUGGGCUUUGAGUUUGCUGUGGAGCUGACAUACCCAGAAUCAGAAGGCAUGUCGUCUGGUCUCCUCAACGUAUCUGCCCAGGUAUUUGGGAUCAUCUUCACCGUCUCCCAGGGCCAGAUUAUCGACAACUACGGAACCAUGCCCGGAAACAUCUUUCUGUGUGUAUUCCUGACCCUCGGAGCAGCCCUCACUGCAUUCAUCAAGGCAGAUCUCCGGAGGCAGAAAGCAAACAAGGAAACUCCUGAAAAUAAACUCCAGGAGGAGGAGGAGGAGGAGAGCAAUACCAGCAAAGCCCCCACCACCGUGUCUGAGGAAAAUCUCUGAGAGAGGAAAGUGGUUGCGACUCAGGGAACACAGAGAACACCCCCACCUCUUGAGUCAGCACAGCGCUCACUGCCAGCACAAAGCGCUUUGCUGGAGCAGCUUUUGGAGGGAACCCGCUGGAAUAUUUGUGGCUUGGACGACAGUGCCUGUGCCUGCUGGAACCCACUCAAGCGCUCGCAUGGUCUAACUGGGGAAAGUCGCACCUUGCACCAGAUGCAGAUCCUGCCCCCUCCCCUGUGGGAUUCUGGGAGCUGGUGUUGGGAGAGGCUGGUGAGUAGUGACGCCUGGCCUUCCCUCCUCACCUCCAUCCCUCAUGGAGAAAGUCUGCAAAAUUAUCAUGGAAAGAAAGCUUAUUCAGGAUAUAAACUUUUUCUAGUGUCUUAAGACCCUUAGAAGCCCAGUUCUCAGGAGUGGCAACUGCUCUGGAUGAGGGUCAUUCGUGGGUCAUCAGACUGACUGCUGGUGUGCUGUGGGAGGGCAGGCACCAUGGGAACGAACUCCAGCAGAACAAACCCACCAGCACUCUGAGCCUAGGGUCUCCUGACCUAGUGCUGGAGUCUGUCUCCAAACCCGCUUUCCUGAGCUGAUCAAACCAAACAUUAAUAAACUUGAGAAAACCUUUGUGGUCAUGAAGGAGAAACCAAUUUUGGGGAGGUUAAUUGACUCAGUGUGUGAGGUUUGCUGGGGGCUGUCUUCUGAGUGUGUCUGCGAAGGCCCGUCCGUGUUUGGGGACUCGGGUAGCUUGAUUUGGGCACGGGGAGGUUCUUUUCUGCAAAAGACGCCAUUGCCCGAGGGCUUCUGAGUGUGUCAGUCAGCUCUGGUGCCUUCGUCUGGACACUGCCGUGAGAAACUUAGUCACUGGCCCGGAAUGAGGGAAAUACCAGCCAACUUCCUAUAGCCUUUACUGAAGAGUAACCUUGAUUUAUUCGACCCUGAGAAAUCCAAAGCUGCUUCUGAGCGAGAAGAGGAAAGGGGCAGAAGGCAAUUGGUCCUUGAAAUGGGAAUUGAGUGGUCUGCAUGAAUUUCGUGUAUCCCACCUCUGGUGGGGACAGUAUUUGCACAUCCAUCCCCUCCUGGCAAUAAUUUUUAUCAGUUCUAAAUUUAACCCAACCCAAAUUGCCCUCCACUGCUGCCUAACCUGCUAUCUGGUUCUACUCCUGGGCUUGGGUAGCACCUCCUGAAAAUAAGAUAUUUUGGUAAUUUCUCCUGUACGGUGAGCAGCUGCAGUCAUGACCACUAUGCUGUUUUGCUGUGGCCUCGGCUCUGGACUCAACACAUUGGAGCAGCCUGCACUGGCAACAGUGCUGGGGUGCUUGGGCCAGUGCCUGAGGGGGGCUAGGGGUGUGUGUGUGUGUGUGUGUGUGUGUGUGUGUGUGUGUGUGUACAGACACUGUACGUAAUAAAAAAAGUGCACACUUCAGGUGGUGGGGAGAGUGAGUUUGGGGUGGAAGAGAUGGAGAGCAAGUGUGCCUUACUUUUUGAUAAGGAGAAACGUGUUUACUUUUCAGCCUCUUAAAAUGUAUUAACAAAAUGUUUACUGAAUCCAUUGCUUUAUUUUAAAAACAUAAUUUGUAUUUCCUAUUUGCAAACCCGAUGUUUUAAGGCAGUAAAAGAUUG